CGCACGUACCGAAGCCCACGAAACGUUGCAAAGUCAAUAUGCGGCCUUAGAAGCGGAACGCGUUGGCUGGCAAGGUAUACAGCUAAUACUUACGAUUACGUCAUUGAAAAUUGAAAUUAAUUAGUGCUGGGUACUAGUAGUUGAUCAUGAUGUAGGAACACUGUAGUUGAUCAUGAUGUAGGAACACUUCUGAAGAAGAUUCUCUGUCUCUCCGCAUGCCGGUGUCGCAUCUCUACGCACACGAACAACAUUCUUCAACAGAGGCGAAGAUUACCGAAGAACGGCAACUUGCGGAUCGACUUCUGCUCCAUCAAGCUAACGCGGAAACGCUAGAGAAUGCACGGGCUGCGCUCGCUGAGGAACGUGCGACGUUCGAG